UGUAUCUCAAUACACAUCGGGCAGGCCGGGGUCCAGAUGGGCAACUCUUGCUGGGAACUCUACUGCAUCGAGCACGGCAUUCAGCCCGAUGGGCGGCUGCUCGAUGACAGCACCACCACGAAGACGAUGAGCGACGUCGACGAGGACGACGGGCCCCACGAGGUGAAACCGUUCACCACGUUCUUCAGUGAGACGGGGUCUGGUAAACAUGUCCCCCGGUCUAUAUUUGUCGAUCUUGAGCCGACUGUCAUAGAUCAAAUUCGCACCAGUACGUACCGGGACCUGUUCCGCCCGAAACAGAUGAUAACCAGCAAUGAAGACGCCGCAAAUAAUUACGCAAGAGGUCACUACUCUAACGGUAAAGAUGUCAUCGAUAAAGUGAUGGAUCAAGUGAAGAGACUGGCUGAAAACUGCGAAGGUCUUCAAGGGUUCCUGCUCUUUCACAGCUUUGGAGGCGGGACAGGUUCGGGGUUCACCUCCCUGCUCAUGGAGCGCCUGUCGGUGGACUACGGAAAGAAGACCAAGCUAGAAUUCGCCAUCUAUCCUGCGCCCCAGGUUUCAACGGCCGUCGUCGAGCCCUAUAACACCAUUCUGACAACGCACAGUACUCUUGAACAUUCUGACUGCGCCUUCAUCGUUGACAACGAAGCCAUCUACGAAAUAUGCCAUAGAAACCUUGACGUAGAACGCCCGACGUAUACAAAUCUCAACCGUUUAAUCGGCCAGGUGGUAUCCUCAGUUACUGCGUCCUUGAGAUUCGAAGGCGCCCUCAAUGUUGACCUAACAGAGUUCCAAACAAACUUGGUGCCUUACCCGCGUAUACACUUUCCCCUAUCAACCAUUGCCCCGAUCGUGUCCCAGGAGAAGUCCCAUCAUGAGAGGUUCUCCGUGGCUGAAAUCACAAAUUCUUGCUUCGAACCAGGGAACCAGAUGGUGAAGUGUGACCCUCGCGAAGGCAAGUAUAUGUCCUGUUGCCUGCUCUAUCGGGGAGAAAUUGUCCCUAAAGACAUUGCCUCAGCCAUCAGUAAGAUCAAGACCAUGCGUACCAUCCAGUUCGUUGACUGGUGCCCUACAGGUUUCAAGGUCGGCAUCAACAGUACUCCUCCUUCAAUCGUUCCUGGUGGUGACCUGGCAAAGGUUCAACGGGGUGCCUGUAUGCUUAGCAAUACCACGGCCAUCGUCUCUGCCUGGGCGCGUGUCAACCACAAAUUCGAUCUGAUGUACGCCAAGCGAGCAUUCGUCCACUGGUUCGUCGGAGAAGGCAUGGAGGAAGGAGAGUUUUCGGAGUCAAGAGAUGAUCUGGCUGCUUUGGAGAAGGACUAUGAAGAAGUAGGGAUGGAUUCAACAGAAGGAGAUGAUGACGAUUUCGACGCUUAUUAACAUUAAACAGAUCUCUCUCUCUCUCUUUCUCUCUCUUUCUCUUUCUCUCUCUC